AUGUCAGGCCGCCAACCCGACGACGAUCCCCGUUUCCCGGCUGAACUCUUGAUUGCCGUGUUUGCUCAUCUGGAUGGCCGUAGCCUUGCUGCUUGCUCUGCCGUGUGUCGACAAUGGUAUGGCGUGGUCAACAAUUACGACGAUCUACUGUGGCGAGCAUGUGCAAAGCGAGAUUUCCACAAUGGCAACAAGCGGCGAUUUUGGUCCUUGCAUUUCCCCGAUCCUCAAGUGCAUAACUGCAUUGGACACUCGCAACGCACGUGGCAAGAUAUGUAUCGGAUCACUCGCAACUGGUUUACUGGCAACUGUAUGGGCUUCUUUCCAAAGGUGGAUGAUCAGCAAAGCAGCACUGCCACAUUGACACCUCACGUGGUGGUGGGCACACCUCAAGAGCAUACCUUCUUCACUACAUUGACAGUGACAUCCACCGGUCAUCUUGUGCGUUCAAAUCCUACUUAUCGACGACCCGAUGGCCAUCAAAGCAUUCAAAUCCAAUCACCCCAAUCACGUGAGACGCAUUAUCUCGAUCAACCAGUCUUGGAAGGUCCGGGGAGUACACACACGGUGUUUUGUCAUUACAGCCACCCAUCCUCCAAAUGGCUAGUGACAGGAAGUUUGGAUGGCACAGUCGCCUUGUGGGAUGUUGUCAAGCAACAAAUGGUUCAUUUAUGGGAAGGUCAUCGAGGACGCGUACUUUGUGUUGGCAUGAAUGAUGAUGUGGUUGUGAGUGGAGGAUCCGAUAGCAUGUUGCGUGUAUGGGAUUUGGCCGAUCAUCAUUUGGAAGAGCAAGUGACAACAGCAAGACGCGGCAUGAUUGAUAUCUCUUCCUACCUUUCAGCAAGCAGUGAUUGGAUUCAAGGCGUUGGCGAAAUUGCUGUGGGAGAACAUUUGGUAGCAUGCUCACCUGAUGCAUCUGGUCCCGUUCUCGUAUUCUCGUUGUUGACUGGGUCCUUGGUGUAUGAGCUAGGAUCGCCUCGUCCUCGUGUGCGUGAUCUCGAUUGGGGUGCCGUUGUUGAAGAAAUGACAGGAUUCACCAAAUUGUGUCUGGUGCCUUACUUUUUAUUGACAAAGGGCAAACUACCAAGUUAUCCAGAUGGCAUCCCUGUUUUACCAAGUCCACCACCACCAGCAACAACACCUCAAAAAUCAACCCCAACGCCACGUUAUGGAUACAUUGCCAGCUUGGAUGAAUCACCUUGUUCUCCACCUCCACCAGCAGCAGCACAAAUGACGCCAUAUCAACUAUACCGCUAUUAUCAAUCUAUCAAUGCAUCUUCAUCUUCAUCAUCUUCAUCAUCCUCAGAUACAUCUCACAUUCAACAACAACAACAACAGCAAUCGGAUCAACCGUCUCCUAGCAACAACAAUAAGCAAAUUCGUAGUUGCAUCAAUGUAUGGGACUUGGAGACGGGCGACAUUGUGUAUCGAUUAGCACCUCAAUUGGAUUCUGGUUACAUCAUCACUGAUAUUCGUGCAUCUCCCGAUUCAUCCAAGGUCUUUGCAUGUGUUGAAAUCCGCACACGUCACCAGCGUCAAGAGCGAUUGUAUUGUUGGGACUUUGGCAGUGCACGACGACAACCAUCAUCAGCAGCUGAACAUGAUCCUCAACUGACAGUGAUGCAAAUCGAUGGUCGUGCUUCAACAUCCUCCUCAUCUUCCUCAUCUUCCUCAACCACUGCAUAUAAACAAUCGGUCGGCAAUUCUUGGGCUUGUUUCAUGUAG